AGCGGAAGGGAGCGACAUGCCGACGGGCAGGAUGAGCGGCAACAUCACGCAGGACUGGGAGCCGGUGGUGCUGCGGCGGGCGAAGCCCAAAGCGGCCGACCUCAAGUCGGCCAAGGCGGUGAACCAGGCGCUGCGGUCGGGCGCGCCGGUGGAGACGGUGCGGAAGGCGGCGGCGGGCACGAACAGGAAGGCGGCGGAGGCGGCGCCAGCGCGGAAGCUGGACGAGACGACGGAGCCCGCGGCGCUGGACCGCGUGGCCGGCGAGGUGCGCGCGGUGAUCCAGCGGGCGCGCGUGGCCAAAGGGUGGAGCCAGGCGGAGCUGGCCAAGCGCAUCAGCGAGCGCGCGCAGGUGGUGCAGGAGUACGAGAGCGGCAAGGCCGUCCCCGCGCAGGCUGUGCUCGCCAAGAUGGAGCGCGCGCUCGAGGUCAAGCUCCGCGGCAAGGCCGUCGGCGCGCCCGCUCCCGCCGGAGCCAAAUGAUCGUUCCUGGUAUUUAGUGAUCUCUGAUUUGGGAGAUCAAAUCUCUAGAUUAAUGCUCUAGAGGGGUCAGUCUGUCGAUGACAUCACCACUCCACGUUUGCGGAAUAAAAAGAAUACCACAAUUUCAUUAAGAUUUAAAUAGUAAA